GGCGCGGGGCCGGGCGGAGCGGGCCGAGCGGGCCGAGCCAGCAGCCGAGCUGGGGGCGCGGGCGGGCGGCAUGUACCGGGCCCGGGCGGCGCGGGCGGGGCCGGAGCCCGGCAGCCCGGGGCGCUUCGGGAUCCUGAGCACCGGGCAGCUGCGGGACCUGCUGCAGGACGAGCCCAAGCUGGACCGGAUCGUGCGGCUCAGCAGGAAGUUCCAGGGCCUGCAGCUGGAGCGAGAGACUUGUCUGGCCUCCAACUACGCGCUGGCCAAGGAGAACCUGGCGCUGCGGCCCCGCCUGGAGAUGGGCCGGGCCGCCCUGGCCAUCAAGUACCAGGAACUGCGCGAGGUGGCCGAGAGCUGUGCCGACAAGCUGCAGCGGCUGGACGACAGCAUGCAGCGCUGGAGCCCCCACUGCGCCCUGGGCUGGCUGCAGGCCGAGCUGGAAGAAGCCGAGCAGGAAGCAGAGGAGCAGAUGGAGCAGCUCCUGCUGGGUGAGCGGAGCCUGGAGGCCUUCCUGCCCGCCUUCCAGCGGGGCCGCGCCCUGGCCCACCUGCGGCGGACCCAGGCCGAGAAGCUGCAGGAGCUCCUGCGGCGCCGCGAGCGCUCGGCCCAGCCCGCCCCCCCUGCCGCCGCCGACCCCCCAAAACCCUUCCCUGCUGCAGCCGUCCUGCCCACCGGGGCUGCCCGGGGGCCACCGGCGGUGCCCCGGAGCCUGCCCCCCCUGGACUCCCGCCCGGCACCCCCCCUCAAGGGCUCCCCGGGGUGCCCUCUGGGCCCCGCUCCUCUGCUGAGCCCCCGGCCCUCGCAGCCAGAGCCCCCCCACCGGUAGGAUCCAGGGGGUGGCCCCCCCAUGGGGGACCCAGACAAACUUUGACCUGAGGCUCCUCCUCCUCCUCCCCCACUGCCCGGGUGGGGGGAGGGGCAGGCCCCUCCCCCUGGCCUCGGGCAGGCCCUGGCCCCGGAGGCUGAGCCGGGGAGGAGGGUCACCUGGAAGCCGCCCCAGGGGUGGGGGGGUCAGGGGGUCCUGCCUCUGUUUCCCCCCGGGUCCCUGCCCUUCCACUGGGCUCGCACAAUGCCAAGGCGUCAGGCGUGUGUUGCACCGCGCCCCCCAAGCCGAUUUUCCCCCAGCCCAGCUGCGGGGGUCCCCGUCUCCCCACGCGUGCUCAGCGCCCAGAGCCUGGGGCAAGGCAGGCCGGGCUUGUGCAGGCGAGAGCGGGCCUUCGGGAGACCUCCUGUAUUUUUCUGUCCCGUCUCCCGAGAAUGGAACCUUUUUGGAAGCAGGUCCUUGUCUUUGUAUGUCCUGUCCCCAGCCCCGCCUCCCAGGGGCCGUCAAUAAAUGUGAUGAUGAGGA